AUGUCGUCCGCAACUGAGACGACGCCUUUGAUCGGCAACCAGGCCGCUACUGCGACUUCGGAUGCCUACGCGUACGUUCCAUUUCCUUGCUCUCGCUGUCCUCUGUGGGUGAUGCGGCCUCGGUCGGCCCGUCGGUCGGUGCUGUCGGCCGGUCCGCCCGGUCGGGUCUCCGCAGCCAGCGAGAGGAUCUGCCUCGAGAGCGGCUCCGCAACCCGAGACAGUUCCCCGUCCUGUCUCGCCGCAUCGGAAAUCCAUUGUACUGCAACUGACCUGCUACCUUCACUCCACACCAGCGUCGCCGCCGAGUCGGCCAUCCAAUCCGUCAUCCACGGUGAUGUCAACGCCUCCGCCUUCCAAGUCCCGGGCACCGAAGCCCAGGACGACGUCGAAGCCGCUCCCGCCGCCGGUGGACCUGCUGGCGUCUUGGUCACCGAGGAACCUCUCCGUGCCGAUCUCUUUAUCGUCCUCGGUGGUAUGUGGGUCGGUACCUUCUUGUCCGCCCUCGAGUGAGUCUCGCCGUGUGGUCUCUUCUCCGCCUCCGCCCCAUGUCUCCGCCUCGGUGCUGCGCCUGGGCGAAGGCGCCGAAAGAGAGAGAACAUCCGGUGCUGACGCUGCAUUCGUUGCGACUCGAUCACUUCUCUGUCUCUGAUAGUGGUACUGUAGGUGAUAAUGAGAAGGCUCCGUCCGAACUUCGUGCUGGGCAGGAGCGCUGACCCUUUGGUUCCCCCCCCACCCCCCCACACACACACACUACCGCUCCGCAACAGAUCGUCGCCACGACCUUGUCCGUUAUCGGCUCCGAGUUUGGCGUGUCCAACUCAAUCGCUUGGCUCGGCACCUCGUACCUCAUGACCCAAACCGCGUUCCAGCCUCUUUACGGUCGAUUCUCGGACAUCUUUGGCCGUAAGCCGGCCACGCUCUUCGCCUCGAUCGUCUUCCUCCUCGGUUCGCUCUUCUGCGGCCUCUCCAAGACCUACCCUCAAUUGAUCGCCGCCCGUGCCUUCGCCGGUAUCGGUGGUGGUGGACUCACGACCAUGUCCUCGAUCGUCACCUCGGACUUGAUUCCGCUCAGGAAGCGUGGUGUCUACCAGGGUCUCGGCAACGUCGUCUACGCUCUUGGUGCCGCGAUCGGUGGCCCCGUCGGUGGCUUGCUCGGUGACACGAUCGGCUGGCGUUGGGCUUUCCUGAUCCAGGUCCCCAUCUGCGUCAUCCACUUCAUCAUCGUCUUCUGGAAGGUCGAUAUCCCCUCCGGCCCCGGCGACAUCCUCACCAAGAUCAAGCGCAUCGAUUUCCUCGGCUCGCUUUCGCUCGUCGCUUCCGUCGCCUUGCUCCUCGUCGGUCUCUCGCUCGGUGGUAACGAGCAGCCCUGGAGCGCCCCCAUCGUCUGGGGCUCCAUCAUCGGCGGCCUCGUCGUUCUCGCCAUCUUUGUCGUCGUCGAGAAGUUCGUCGCCAAGGAACCCCUGCUCGCCCCCCGCAUCCUGUUCUCGCGCACCCCUGGAUUCGUCUCGCUCACCAACUGGUUCGCGACAAUGGCCCAAUUCGGUAUCAUUUACCAGGUCCCGCUCUACUUCUCGGCCGUGCAGCAGCGCUCGACCUCGCGUGCGGGUAUAUACCUCAUCCCCAACGCCGUGCUCGCCUCGACCGCCUCGCUCCUCGCUGGUCUCUACAUGGCCCGCACGGGUAACUACCGCCUCAUGCUCCUCACCGCCGGUGUCCUCGGCGUCCUCGGCCCUCUUUUGAUGUCAUUCUGGACCCAGCACACCGCCGAAUGGAUCUUCUGGGUCUCGAUGGGCCCCGCCGGUGUCGCUUACGGUGCCAUCAUCGUUAGUUUCUACUUCUCUCUCCGGCCCUUCAAUCAAUCGACUGACCUCCUCCAAACUUUCGCUUCUUCUCACAGACCAUCACCUUGGUCGCUUUGAUUGCCGCCGUCCCCCCUGCCGACAUGGCCGCCUCGACCGGUGUCUCUUACCUCUUCCGCGCGACCGGCUCGGUUCUCGGUAUCUCGCUUUCGACCUCGAUUUUCCAAAACACGCUCAAGGCCGACCUCGAGCGCCGCAUCGUUGGCAAGGGCGCGCACCACUUGAUCGAGAAGAUCCGUUCGGACGUCAACUACAUCCGCACCUUGCCCCACGACGUGCGCCACCUCGCGAUCGACGCGUACGACCACUCGAUGCACAUCGUCUUCAUCGCCAUCACCGCCGCGGCGUUCAUGGCCUUGCUCGCAUUGCUCCCCAUCCGUCAACACGCCCUUCCCGGCAGUCUUGACCGCAAGAAGUAA